UCUUCUAGAUUACUCUACCCCACAAUCACAACCCUUCGACAAAGAUCAAAGCCUCAACUCUUGAGAAUCAGGUUGAUCAAAUCAAAACCCAGACAACAACCAGUAUCAGCAAAUUAACCUUCUCUGCAAUUCUUCAUCAUUAUCAUUAUCAUUAUCAUUAUCAUUAUCAUCUUGUUAGGAUUUCAGACCAUGAAAGCACUAACCUCCCCUGCGACGAUCGUCUCUUCCACGCCUUCUUGCCUUCCGAUUUUCUUCCCCAUAACCAAAGACUCUUCAUCAUCAUCACAAUCGAGAAGGUUCCUUCGCCUUCCCACCUCUUCCAAGAAUAACAGUAACGAAUCCGAUCUUCAUUCCGAUUCUUACGACUCAAGUCUCGUCCCAAUUCUCAGUAAUCGAACUCUCUCCCAGGAUGCGGCGAUGGGAUUAGUUCUGAGUGCGGCGUCUGUGAGAGGUUGGACGACCGAUUCCGGCAUGGAAGGUCCUUCUGUCCCCGCCGGAGCUGAGCCGAAUUCCGGUAUGGAGAGGGUCUCUACGUUCCCCUGGUCCCUCUUCACCAAAUCUCCACGUCGGAGGAUGCUCGUCGCCUUCACUUGCAACGUUUGUGGCCAAAGGACUACCCGCGCCAUCAAUCCCCACGCAUACACUGAUGGCACCGUCUUCGUGCAGUGUUGUGGAUGCAAUGUUUUUCAUAAGCUGGUGGAUAAUCUGAACCUCUUUCAUGGGUUGAAAUGCUAUGUGAACCCGAGCUUCCAUUACCCGGACCCAAAGAGCGAUGAUGUUACCUUCAAGUAUCUCGACAUGAAUGACGACGAUGAUGAUGACAAUGACAAUGAUGGCGACAAUGAUAUCUUUCCAACUUAUGAAGUGCAAUGAAAACAAAUACACUGUUUGUACAUUCUAAUUAUUACUAGAACCAUUUUUACUUAAUUCUAUUUGUAAAUAGAUUUGUAACUGUUUUCUUUAUAUAUUAGAUACUUGAUCAAUUGUUUUUACAUGGGAAGAAUGCAUAUUUGACA